AUGAACAACGCUGAAGGCGAGGAGAUUUGUCGGGUUUGCAGAACGGCUCCCGGAAGACAUCGAUAUGGAUCGUGGGCUUGCGAUAGUUGCAAGAUUUUCUUCCUCCGUGCCGCCACUCGAUUGGUCCCUUAUUCGUGUCGAAAUGAAAACAAAUGCAAACAGCGUUCGUGCUCUUCACCGAACAAAAGUGCGCCGGAUGUCGAUACGAAUUGUGCCUUAAAAGCGGGACUCAUCCCGGAAAUUGCUGGCCGACGAAGCGGUUGCUUAAGACGCCAGAAAAAUGAGGCCAAAAUGAUCGAGGAUUCAAUGAAACCCAAGUCGAAAUGGAAACGAAAAGUGGAGAGCACAUCUUUGGCAUCAACAAGUAAAGUGAUUGAAGUUAAAGCGGCCGUCGAAGAACCAAUAAUCGAACCAGAGCUACCGCUCAGCCCCGAAGUACAUUAUAUUAAAGAAGAAAUCGAUGAUGUGUACGACGUUCAACCGCCAUUUUCCCCUCCAAACAGCGUUGACUUUCAACAAAAACCACUCCCACUCCCACUCCCUCCACCUUCACAGUAUCAACAAGUGGUGCCAUACAUUGACAAGUUGCGAUUACCGUAUGAAUCUUUUCCUCAAUCCUUCCCAUUGACUCUCACCAAUGUCUCCCUACCACAAUUGCUCGCCUCGAUGCGGUAUCAUGAAAGUUACUGCAACGGUUUGGAAAGACCGAGCGAGCCGGUUUGUGUAAAUCUCCCCUACAAUUUUGAUCUCCACCUCGCCGAUGUUCUCAACAAUCCCGUGGCCUUGUGUCCCCGGGUGCCUAUCGAUUUCUCCCCCAACGCGAGUCUUCCCAAAUAUCCAGCCGAUCUCCACUCGCAACUCUUUUCCCGAAUGGUUCUCCACAUGGUCGAUUGGUUUCGAUCUUUACCCGAGAUUUGGUCCCUUUCACCACAAGAUCGAACUCGCCUUUGCACUCGUCAAUUGCUCGCUCUUUAUCCGGUUCUCAUCCUCUUCAACACCUACAUAGAGAAGUCGGAUGCGCUUUUGCUGGGCCUUGGAGCGUCUUGGCAAAAUGAUACAGAUGGAUUCAAGGCUAUUCGCGAUUUCCUGGCUGGUUGCUAUCAAGUGGCUCAUCGAAUGGUCCUUCCCACAUUCAAAGCGAUGAAUUUCACGCUAGAGGAGUAUCUUCUUUUCAAGAACAUUGUUAUUUUUCAUUCAACCCUUGGUCUCAGUGAUCAAGGAGCCGAAAUCGUACGAAAAGCUCGGGUCAAGUACGAGUAUUUACUCACUCAACACCUCACAAAUGAGUACGGAGACCGGGAGAAAGCCCUGCAAAAAGUUGUCAAAAUCAUGGAAUUGCUCAAUCUCUUCGUGGAUUUCGGUCAUCGACACAAUCUCUAUUUCUCGCAACUCAUCGCCCUCAACAAAUCACAAAUGACUGGAAAACUCGUUGAUGAGGUCUACGUGAAAUCGGAUGUUUUC